GGAGUGACGAUCUUGAGCAACACCGGCGGCAUGGCUACAAGCGUCAUGCCCGCCGCUGGCAAGAAGAAACGCAGAAGGAAGAGAAAGAGAAAGAGAAAGAGCAAGAAGAACAAGACCGGAGAGGAAUCUGAAGGACAACUUGAGAUCACGGAGCUCGAUAACAACUCUGACGGCAUGAGUCCGUCGUCAGAUGAUGGCUCCGAGGAAGGCUUGGUGACAGACCCAAAGACCGAUGGUGUCGUCAUUGUCGAGAACGUCAGAGCAGAUUGCUACAAACCCAUCGAGGUGAUCGUGCAUGAGACAGACGACAGUCUAUGGUGGGAUGAAGACAUCGACGUCAUCAACAGAAAAACUAUCACAAACGUCGCCGAAUACGAGGAGAUCAGCGGCAUAGACAACAUGGUGAGCGUCGAUCUAUGGGAUGAAGAAGCUGAGGAGCAACGCUGUCCCAGCAUCGAGGAGGAAUUCAACGCCAUCGAGAUGACCGACUACGGCAAGAAGCACAACCCCCGUCUGCCACGCCCCGACAGCGGUUUCCAGGACGACGACGUAGUGCUGUCAUCUAUAGAGACGGAAAUGGAGGUGUUGGCUGCUACACGCAGAGCUGACAGGGCCGACAGCGGAGUUCAGUCGGACGGAGACUCCGAGUGCGAGAUCAACACUGAUGAACAACAGCAGCAACACAUGAGCAAGUAUCCGGCCAUCUUCGACGACGACGAUGACGAUGAGGAGGUUUUCAAUGUCAAGACGCAGACGUCGAUCGUAGAGAAGAUACUAUCGAAGACUAAAGGCGAGAAAUCUCGUCUGAUCGUCGGCAAGGAAGACGAGAUAAUGCCCGGAUGCUGCGUUCCCGGAUGCACCAUUCUCUAGGUGCUCCCUCUAUCGGAGCAGAAAGUAAGUACAUGCAUCUCAGCGCGCCUUCGUGGCAGAACUAGCGCACGCUAACGUCGCCGUGCGUAUAACGGAGACAGACCUACGGAGGCAAGGCUGAAUAUUGAGGUGAGGCUCGCUGACUAUAUAUUAUCACACGGUACGUGGACCGGGUACCAGCGCUAUGGAUGCGUGGAUUCUGGGGGAGGAGAUACGAAACAUUAGUACAACUGCCUCGAAGAUUAAACUCUCGACUUGCGUCGUUGGCUGUUAUGUGACAUAUAAUGUGACGCGUGUGUCCGCGUUCACCCGCCAUGGACGACGCUCAAUUCUCCGACCAGUUCGCUACGGAUUCAUCAUGUGCCGUUUGAUGACAAAAUACACGCCGGAAAAAUCAUGCCGAAAAUCUGUUUAAAAUGAGGGCGAAACAUUUUUUAACACUACAGCUGAUUGUUAACAGCGACAAGUAUUGUUUCUGGGUGACGUGGAUGGCUAAAUAUUAUAUGGCAGUGUCUGUUUAAUCACGACGCAGAAAUUUGCAAUUAUAUUCGGCAUACAAUGAGUACAUUAAUGUCUUGCAUUAAGUAGGUUUUUUUUCUAAUACUAUACUCUAUACUCUAUUCUUAUAGUCAAACUAUUAUAAUAAUGUUACAACUACGUAUAAUUUAUUAAUCAAUUAUUAUAUCGCUGCAUUUAUACGAAGCCAGUGUGAAGGCGAUUGCUGUUGUUUCCAGGCAAUGACUGAGUGAUCCCAUAUACUAGUCACUAUUUGCUUAAUUGUGUAUUUGUAUUUUUCUGAAAGCAUCCAUUCGAUGGAACAAUUUUGUGCUUUCUGAGAUAAAAAACAUUUAAAGAAAAUGUAAAAAUACACGAUAAAAACGUCGACGUUUGUUGAGAGAUGGCGCCAGCCUCGCAGCGGUUGUCCGUCCGUCCGUCCGUCACGCCGUAGACAUCGUAUAUACAUAUAUUAUUAUAUUUAGAAUGUAUGAAUAUAUAUUUAUAUAGGAUACCUAUGCGUCACGCGGCCGACAAAUAAGUUCGAGACCCAGCUAGUGGUUCGUGAACAUGUUGGCGACGGUUGUAAGUAGAGGGCGCUACAUUAUGGAAUGCUGUUUUAUUUAGACAAAAAUUAUAUAUAUGUUGUCAAGUCCCGCGCAUUCGAUUAAUAACAAAUGAUAUACAUGCAGACCGAAUAAUUCUGUCCCUGAUAACUCUUUUAAUUUUAUAUCAUUUCAUAUUUUA